UGUACGGGGAAUAUACAUUGUGUUAGAACGGCCGAAUUUUCGCCGACACGUCCGUCACUUUUCCGAAAGAUCAUCAGCAUCGAAAGAUGGGAAACUUCUUGAGCACUCCCCAGACAGACAAGGUCACGCAUGUGGGUGAAGGGAAUGGAAUAUCGUUCGGCGUCAGCUGCAUGCAAGGAUGGCGCACAACCAUGGAAGAUGCGCACAUCGCCCAGGCCAACGUGCCUGCAUUUGCUGGUGCGUCCAUAUUCGCCGUGUUUGACGGCCAUGGCGGCAACCUUGUGGCGGACGAGAGUGCCGUGCGGUUCGUGGAUACCUUAGUGAAGGAACAUCAACACACGAAUGACCCACAAGCUAUCGGCGCUGGACUCCGCCGCGCAUUCUUGGCCCUGGACACGGAACUGCGCGCGAUGCAAAAGGUCGAGAGUGGCGAAGACCAGAGCGGAUGCACCGCGCUAGCUGCGUUUUUGACCGACACACACAUCAUCGUGGCCAACUCUGGCGACUCCCGCGGCGUUCUUGCGACGUGCGGCGACGCUGUCGAACCCAUGUCGUACGACCACAAGCCCAACAACGCUCGAGAAAAGCUGCGCAUCGAGAAAGCUGGCGGCAUGGUCCGCAACAAUCGCGUGAACGGCGAUCUCGCGGUGUCGCGGGCGUUAGGCGACUUCUACUUCAAGGAACGGCCGGAUCUAGCCCCCGAAGCGCAACAGGUGUCGCCAGAGCCAGACAUCAAGAUCGAAGCGCGGUCGCCGUCGAACGAGUUCCUCUUGUUGGCGUGCGACGGCGUGUGGGAUGUCCUGACCAACGAAGAAGCGUGCAACUACGUCCGUCGUGUGAUGCUGUUGGGGGAAACCAACAUGGGCCUGAUCUGCGAAGAACUGCUCGACUAUUGUUUGUCCCUGGAUAGGUACUGUACGCCUCCCAAAACAAAAAAAGUAGGGUUAUUUGGUGUUGAAUUGUACCUAGUCGGGACAACAUGAGCGCCGUGCUGGUGGUGUUGGAAGGAGCCAGGUUUGGGACUGGCGACGGCGUCCUCGGCAUCCGGAAGGAGCGGGAGGCAGCCGAAGAAGCGAAGAAGCGGCAGCAAGAACUCGUGGGCCAACAAGAAGGGCAAGACCCGCCGCAAAACAAGUUUACCAUCGUAGGCUCGCAAUAGGCAGGCAACCUCGAAGUGUCGAUAACUAAACGACGAGUUCCAUGGCCGACUCGUGCUGUUGUGCGCGACCGUACACACUUAUGUCGACUAGAGCAUGCAUACAUGGUGCGUGCAUCUAGGCUGGGAGAACGAGUACAUAGACAUCACACACCACCUGCUGACAUUGAGAGGAAGUAGUUGGUGUGGCUGGGUGAAUUCCGGGUAUGGGAAACGUUGGCUCCGGACAAUGCACUGAUGGUAUGGGAGAAGCAGCUUGAGAUUUUGAUGGGCUUGUUCAUGGUUGACGGACAUGUGAAGUAAAGGUAGCCAGCCUUUGCCUUGUGGCUGAUACUCGUGUAGUGUCAUGGUACUAUGUGAGUGGUGAGCAUUUCAUGUGUGUUGUUGGCAUGUCCAACCCUGCUUUCAUGUUGGACAAGGCAC